CCACAAUUAUUAGAAAUUCCGUAGAAAAUCCAUGUAGGAAAAUCUAACAGAAGCCUCCACGUGGCCAAAACAUAGCCUGGAUUUCCCAUUUCUGGGUCCUGUAAAUUCUGUCCCCAGCUCUUCAACUAUUGAGCUCUCUUCUUUUUGGUUAAUUGUAGACAAUUUUCUCAGUUUCAAACAAUGGUGGCAGCCAUUGCUGUUUCUUCUCCAAAAUCGAAACUUUUUCACAACCCAGUUCCUCUUAGAGACCCAAGUUCCAGUUUUUUUGGUGGGUCAUUAAAUGGUCUGUCUUUACAAGUGAAACCCAGAAGCAAAACUAGAAAUUUCACCACUUUGGUGGUUGCUUCAGCUGGUGGCUUAACAAGAAGCAGUACCAGUGAAAGUGGCAGGUUUUAUCUAAACUUUACCGGCUUCCCAUUUCCUCUUGGCCCUUUUCUCAAUAGGCGCACUAGCAGGACCGAGGCUGUGAAAGGCUGCAUAUGGUUAUUUGAGCAAGAGCAAGCACUAGGAUUCAGCAGUGUUUCCACAAACAUCCGGAUGACAGUCAUCAAGCUCAAAUCCGGAGGAUUAUGGGUCCAUGCGCCGAUUGCUCCAACCAAGGAGUGCAUACAGCUUGUGAAGGAAUUAGGAGCUCCAGUCGAGUACAUUGUCCUGCCAACUUUCGCUUACGAGCAUAAAAUUUUUGUUGGUCCAUUUUCAAGGAAGUUUCCCCGUGCUCAGAUAUGGGUGGCACCAAGGCAAUGGAGUUGGCCCUUGAAUUUGCCUCUUGAAUUUUUUGGGAUUUUCCGCGCCAAAACCUUGAAAGACGAGGAUUUGUCGACCCCAUGGGCUGAUGAGAUUGAACAAAAGGUCUUAAGCUCACCUGAAGUUGGGAUCGGACCAUAUGUGGAGGUUGCCUUUUAUCAUAAACAUUCCAGAACGCUACUGGUUACAGAUGCUGUGAUUUUUGUUCCACGAAAGCCACCGGAGUGUAUCAGCAAAGACUCCUUGUUAGCCUCGGCAAAGAAUGGUUUGGCAGUAAAACUUCUUAGUAAAGGCAAAGAAGUCCCCCAGGAGCCCAUAGUUGACAACCAGAAGAAUCGCCAGAAAGGGUGGGAAAGAAUGGUGCUCCAAAUCCUGUUCCUCGGUCCUUCCAAUCUGUUGGAACCAAAUGCAAGCUUUGCUCAGAUGUCACAGAAAUUGAUAGUUUCACCAAUUGUGAAGACACUCGUUUUCAGCAAAGUUCCAGAGAAGGUCCGGGACUGGAUUGAUGGUAUUGCACGGGACUGGAGAUUCAGGAGAAUAAUCCCUGCCCAUUUUGCAGCUCCAAUAAACGCAAGCAGGUCUGAUUUCUUAGCUGCGUUUGCCUUUCUUGAUGACCUUCUGGGUGAGCGUUAUGUUACUCGAACUUCACUCGCUCUUCUCUUCUCAUCACUCAUGGGAAAGGCUGCUAGUUAUUUCCCCCCAGAUGACAUGAAAACCUUAUCUUCCCUUGAUCAGUUUUUAGUCUCUGUGGGUGUUGUGAAGAAGACCGUCUCCGGCCGGAAACGGUGACUGCAAACCACCUUAGAAUUUUACAAACACUUCUAUAUUUUCAGAUUACUGUGGAUGCAGGAUGCCUCUUUCAAAUUUGGUCUGUAUAUUUACAUUUGAAGAGGAAAAAAAAUGGUUGUAAUGCUACUAGUUUUCAUGCCUUAAAAUCUCAAUCAAAUGAAAAUGAAAACAUAGACCAUUUGGAAUAGAAAGU